AUGAAGCUCGAGUGCUGUGGUACCAUCAGACCAAGUGGGGAUUUUGACCCAAAGCAGGAUGCGGAAAGCUUGAAAAAAGCGAUGAAAGGAAUGGGUACCAACGAGAAAGAGAUCAUUGAUAUUUUGUGCAAGCGAUCGAACGCUGAAAGGCAGCAGAUCCGCGAAGAAUUCAAAAGCCUUUAUGGGGAGAGCCUCAUCAAGGAGCUAAAGAAAGAACUCUCUGGAGAUUUCGAAAGUCUCAUAAUAGGCCUGAUGUAUUCUGAACCUGAGUACGACGCCAGAACAUUGCGCAAGGCCGUUCAGGGCUUAGGAACAGACGAGUCGGUUCUAACUGAGAUUUUGGGCAGUCGGACGAACACGGAAAUAGCCGCAAUCAAAGCGGAGUACUACAGAUGUAAGUGACU